UUGGAUAUUGCCACGAACAAAGUAAGCGCAGAGGAAAUGCAUGGAAUAAGGCACCAUCUGAUGAGCUUUCUCGAUCCGUCCACCUCCACUUUCAAUGUUCAUCAAUUUUGUAACAAAGCAGUGGCUGUGAUGGAGAAUCUGUGGGCUACGGGGAAGUUGCCUGUUAUUGUUGGCGGCACGGGUUACUACGUAGAGGGAAUUCUUUUCAAAGAUGCACUGAUUCCAACAAAUACUACCGAUGGUAUGAAUGAUUACGAGCAUUUAUCCAACGAUGAAGUGUACAAUUUGUUGAAAAGUGUGGAUCCGAGAUCGGCAAUGCAAGUCCACAAGAAUAAUCGCUUUCGAGUGGUCCGAGCCUUACAAAUAUACAAUGCGACGGGAAGGUGUAAAAGCGAUUUUUUGACGGAGCAGCGCCAGUCAGUGAGCAGCCGACUGCGAUAUCCCAAUUUGUUGCUGUUCUUUUUGGAUGCCGAAAAGAAAAUCUUGGAAGAGCGGUUGGAUCAGCGGGUCUCGAAAAUGAUCGAAAAAGGACUGAGGAAGGAAGUGGAGCAUUUCUAUGCGCAGGUCCACAAGAAUAAUCGCUUUCGAGUGGUCCGAGCCUUACAAAUCUAUAAUGCAACGGGAAGGUGUAAAAGCGAUUUUUUGACGGAGCAGCGCCAGUCAGUGAGCAGCCGACUGCGAUAUCCCAAUUUGUUGCUGUUCUUUUUGGAUGCCGAAAAGAAAAUCUUGGAAGAGCGGUUGGAUCAGCGGGUCUCGAAAAUGAUCGAAAAAGGACUGAGGAAGGAAGUGGAGCAUUUCUAUGCGCAGUAUUGCCAUUGUCUGAGUGUGCACGGUGUUGCUCAGUCGAUUGCUGUGAAAGAAUUUCACGAUUAUCUUCGGUUAAACCCAUCCGAUCGCUACAGUGAUCUAGGUGAUGAGCUGUUCAACAACGGCUGUGAAGCCCUAAAAUUACAUACGCGGCAGUAUUCGCGUAGACAGCGUCGAUGGGUGAAACAACAUCUGCUUGGUGGAAAUGCGCCGUCACAGUCGCAGAAUAUCCAUUUCUUGGACACUUCGCGAGAAUUUCACAGCGUCGUAGUACCUAACGUGUUGCAUAUAGUCGAGGAGUUUCUCUGCACAGUAAAUGACAGUUCAUUGCUGGAAAAAGAAAGCAGUGCGGAUAUGUUCAAGUUUAACACUGUGUAUCGGCGAUUGGCUAACCAAGUAAUUAACUCUUUUAUUUAUAUGUCUGACAAGAAGAAUCUCUAG